AUGAUGAAGUCCUUCGAUUCUCAAGUGACGUUGUCGGUUGGAGUCUUCGUUGCUCGUAUCAGCACCGUUGAUUUCGAAAAUACGACUCUUCUUAUCUUUGGUGUCAGUUACCGAGAACAAGCUAGUCGUUGUAUAGAGAGUACUUUGUCCGUCGUAGAUGAUGUUGUUUCCGUCCUUGAUUUUGAAGAAAUCAGGGUUUUUCUCAACUGCGUGGAAGAAGAUGUUGCAGCACUUCUCAUGACGAUCCAAAACAACGAAGUCUUCUUUUCCCUUCUUUGUGAAUGUUGCCUCUUUGGUGGGACUGAUGUCAGCUUUAGCAUGCACCAUAUAACGUUUGUUGAUGCAUAUCUUGUUGAUUGGCCGGAGUCGGUGCCAUCGGUGUCAUUGGUGGAACCGUCACCGGCGGCAUCGGUGGCAUCGGAGGCAUUGGUGGUGCUGGUGGAUGUGGCGGCAUGA